AUGGAGGCGCGCGCCCAGGACCCAGACUGGGACAGUGAUGAGACGGUGGUGGAGGGCUCGGUGACGGAGAGCGACCCGGAGGAGGAGGAGCUGCCCUGGAAAAGGUUGCUCUUUGAUCAAGAUACAUCUCUUAGAUCUGAAUUCAGUCUCCAUCCUGGUAUAAGUGGAUCGUGUGAAGGCACGCCUUCUCCUGAGAUUCAACUUGGGUUCAAACUCCAAGAGGAUCCACAAGCGCAAAUGAGUGAAAAUAAGACGAUGCCUGUUCUUAGUGAGGAUGCAGUCUUACGGCAACCUCAAGAUGAAAUGGAACAAAAUCAAACUCUGUUACAAGCUAGAAAAAGUUGUCCAGUGUUCACUGUGUCAUUUCCCAAGGCUGAACUUUCACUGAACCACCAAAGCAUUAGAGGGCCUGAGGCUGAAAAUCCAGAAGUUUUGCCGCAUCCAGAAAAGGAACUAAGUGCAGACCAAGACUCUCCUGAAAUUUGCCUUCUCUCAGGUACUGCUAUUAAGGUAUCUGAUGUGGUUGCUGCAAAGGAGAAAUCGUUACUAGAGCCAGAGGAGAUGUCAGCAGCACCAAAUAUAUUUUCUGAGCCUGGAAAGGCCAUCACGUUGACCAUGACUUCUGAAGACACCAAGGAUGAGGAAAGUUCUCUUGAAACUUUUGUGUCUGCCUUAGAAAAGUUACUGACAUCACCAGAAAUCACCCAGGAGGACAGAUUGUUUGAAACAAUGAGUGAUUUUGAACCUAGAGAGUUGAGGAACCCAUUCAGCAACUCUUCAAGUUCCACAUCAUUCCCUUUCACAUGUCACAGAGAUUUACUAGAAAACACAAAGGAUGAUGCAUUGCCAGCUGAAUUGUUAGCAGCCCUAAACACAUUGUCAGAAACCAAGGUGGGACCCAUCUGUCACAGAAAAAAGGGAGGCAGCAGUCUCAAUGCUGAAAUUCAGUGUUUAGGAGUGGAGCCCAAUAUGUCUCAGACUGAUGAAGAUUGUACACAAAUAGCAGAGACUGUAGAAGACCCAAAUCCAUUUGAAUUGCAAGCUUUGGUUAAUCAAAAUGUCACCUCUUGUAAUCCACUAAAUAAUAAGGGAAAUUCAAAUCCAGUGGAAAAUAGCUCUGACCAGAACUCUCCAUGUGUGUUAAGGAGAUCAUCCAGACUAAAAGUAGGCAGAGAUGCAAAGCAUACAGAUGACAUGUAUAAGAUGCCAGAAAUACUUGGCUGUGAGGAGCAAACAGAUAACAGCUCUUCAACUGAGAAUUUCAGAAUGCAGGAUCCUGCUUUAAUGAUUAAAGGUAAAAGGAAGAAUAUGCAUUCAUCCAGACUCAAGAGUGGAGAACAGAUCAGGAAAAACAAAAAACUUGCAAGAAGAAAAGAAAAAAUGAAGAUGAAUAAAAUAUCUCUUUCUAUCAUUAACCGGAGAAAUGUUUUUGGAGAGAACUUACUAUAUAAGGCUGCUCUGCACAAUGAUGCUGAUCUUGUUCAUCAUUGUAUAAAAAAAGGUGCAAAUGUUAAUCAACCAAGUUAUGCUGGUUGGACAGCACUUCAUGAAGCUAGUGUAGGAGGAUUUUAUCAGACAGCAAGUGAACUGCUGAAAGGUGGAGCAGAUGUAAAUAUCAAAGGAAUGUACCAGAUCACUCCCCUACAUGAUGCUGUGAUGAAUGGGCAUUAUAAGCUUAUUUUGUUAGUAGGAAAACGAAAUGGCAUGACAAGUGGAUCUCAGAAGGAUAGCACUGACCCAUUAGAUGUAGAGGAUGCACACCAGCACAAGAAACCAAAAUUCAAUUCCAAAAAUUGCAUUGGGUUUGGUUGUGAUGAAAAUUCCAACAGACAGAAGCCAGAACAUGUAAAAGUCAGUAAAGGAAGCAAAGAGGUUUUAUUUAUAAAGAAAGAAGAUGUAUAUGAACAUUACCAAAAAGAUCCCCAAAACACGAAAUUUGGUAAAUCCAAGCAUAAGGAAUCAACUGUUAACCACAUAUACUCUACGGGACUCAGAAAAGACAAUCUCCAUAAUGUCAAAGAUCCCAGCACAAAUGUUUCUAAAGAUAAAGGAAGAAGAAACACACGACACAAAAGGACUCAAGGGAUUGAUGCAAUCCAGGAAAGCAAUCCAAGAAAGACAAUAGCUGUCUCUUCUUCCAGAAGAAUAAACAGAUUGGUUACUCAGCCGCAGCGUAUUCUGCAAACCCUUUAUGACCUUCCAGAAGAGUCAUGUAAACCUUCCAGCCCAGCUCUGUCAAGCCUGAAAAAUGGAUUGGGUAACAAUAUCAAGGCUUGUUCAGUUUCCAAAGAGACACGUUCCCAGAACCUGGAUGUAUCAGAUAAUCAAGAAAUAAAAUUCUUGGAAUUAGAAUCCAUUGACCAAGCUGAAGCUGUUUCUUUCUCAGGUUUUUCUUUACAUAAAGAAAUCAAGUUGCCACUUGAUAUUACAGAUCAGCAGCCUCACACUCACAAAGAACAACAGCAGAUUAGCCCUUAUAAAUCUCGUGAAAACAGUAACUCAGGUCAAAAAGUUGAGAGCCUUAAUAAGUGGGAAAAUUCUUUCCUAUCCUUUAUAAAGGAAAAUUUUAAUAAUGAUGAUGGUGAUUGCUGUACCUCUGAGAAGACUGUGACAUCUAAAAUGGUGAAAUGUUCUACAGGUUGCAAAAACCACUGUAAUUAUAAAGAGAGUAUAACAAAUGGAGAAGAAAAGGAUUUUCACCAAUCUUUACCCUCUGGAGACCAUUUUUCACAAGAAAAUGAGUUAAAAGCAGGCGGUCUAACCAUACUUCCACGGCAGAAAGAUGUUAAUUUUUCUGAUUCAGAUAACAUAAUAGUUUCUGAACAACAUGUUGCAAAUUAUGAGCAAUGCAUAUAUGGAACUUCUUUUGAUCACUCACAUGGCAAUCCUGAGUGUACUUCCCUGGCUUGUACAAGAACACUUUUAACACAUGGAGUUUCAAAGUUGACUAGUCAUGUGGAGCUAUUCAGAAGGCCUCAGGAUUGUAGCCCCAGAACACCAACUCCUUUAGUAAAGGAAAUAGAUACACAUACUGUGGAAAAGGUGAAUAACAAAGAAGACACUGAAAGGAAUUACACUGACAAAGGUGAAAAAACAAGUUCCUCAAAUGAGCCUUUAUCCACAGUUGUUCAUUCUCAAGUUAUGGAAACAACUACAGUUGAAAAGAGGAGACAAGACUUUCUAGAAAGCAAAACCAUACAUAAUAUAGAUUUUCAUUCCAGUGAUAAUAUAAUUAAAGAAUUGGCCAACGUCCCACAACUUAGUCAAAGAGAAGAGAAGGAAAUUUCUCACAAACCAGAAAUGAAAACAGCUGGGAUCAAUAAGAGGAAUGCCAGAGGGGAAAGCCGGCUUCAUUUGGCUGCCAGAAGAGGAAAUUUAUCUCUGGUGAAAGCUCUAAUAGAAUCUGGAGCAAAUGUGAAUCUAAAAGAUAAUGCAGGUUGGACACCACUUCAUGAGGCAUCUAGUGAGGGAUCUGAUGAUAUAAUUGUAGAGUUGUUAAAAGCUGGUGCUGACGUUAAUUGUGAAAAUCUAGAUGGAAUUCUGCCCUUACAUGAUGCUGUUGCAAACAAUCAUUUAAAGGCAGCUGAGAUUCUACUACGACAUGGAGCAAAUCCUAAUCAAAAGGAUCAAAAACAGAAGACUGCUUUGGAUGAAGCAGAUGAUGAAAAAAUGAAAGAGCUGCUAAAAUCUUAUGGUGCUGUUGAGACUGAUGAUAGAGAUGAGAGUAAUGCUGUAGUCACUGUAAAAAUUCAUGCUGUCCGGUCAAAAAGACAUAAACAGUGUUUUUGUGAUGACUGCAAAACUAUUGAUUCACCUUCUAUUUCACACCAAGAAAAAACAAGAAAAAGCCCUCCUGUGCAUCAGACCAUCAGUGCCAUUCUGCAGGAUAUAGAAGAAAAACAAGAAAAUUUAUUAGAGUUUGAAAUAAGAACCCCCGAAGAGGCAGAACAAUACAUCGAAAAGAUGUUGGAGAUAAAAGAGGUUAUGGAUAACGUGCUUGCCAAACAGAAGGCAGAAAGGGAUGAUCUAGCUAAAAAAUACAGGGUGUCCACAGAAGCAUUUAAGCAGGGAGUCCUGAGAGAGCAGCUGGCCAGCUUGGCCACAAGACAGAAGAGCCUUUUGGUUGUGGCCAAAAAACAGAAAAAAAUAAGCCAGAAAAUUCAAAACUAUAAGAACGUAACAUCUUUGUCUGGUCUUAGUUUGAGGAAGCUGCCGUCCAGCUCAGAAAUCUGUAGUGAAAACGACAGCCAGGAGCUUACCAGUCUGGAAACUUCAGUGCAGCCUCAACCAGGUGCACUGUCUCCUGUCAGCCUUGUUUGUGGACGCGUGCAGCACACACACUUGUCUCUGGAAACGUGGAACGACAGCCAAAAUACCAACACUCGUCUCAAUUUAGAGACAGUGAGAAGGGAAGAAUUUUCUGGAAAUGAGCUGAAUUCUAAACAAAAUGUCACUGACUGUACUUUAGGUGGGUUAUCAAAAUCCAGAUAUUCAUAUGGCACUAAGAAGAUUAAAUUACCAUCCCAACCUGUUGCUUUUACUGCUCAGGCAGAAUAUUCACAAAAAGAAAAUGACCUUACAGAAACUACAGCCAAAGGCUGUGAAUCCUGUGGUCCGUCAGCAGUAACUGGCACAUUAAAUAUUUCAGAAACCAUAAAUGUAUUUGCCCAAAAUGAUGCCCAUCCAUCAACUAUUAUUUGUGAUGAGGCUCUUUCCAAUUGUUAUCCAAAAAGAGAAAAUAGGAAAACAGCUUCCCAGCAGCCCUCAAGGGGGGCAUCAGACUCCUUAGGCAGUGAUACUGGGCAUCAGAUGAAACCUUGUCUUAAGAAAUCAGCUUUUGCUGUUCCACAUGCAAACGACAGUCAGAGCUCCUCCUCUGGGUCUGGCCAUCAACAUACCGUAAAGAAGCCUUUAAACUACAGCACAGCUCCUAAAAAGAAAUGUAUGCAGAUAAAGGAUCUGAUAUUACUAGGAAGAAUCAAUCCAGGAAAUAACAUUCUGGAAUUCAAAACACAGGAGACUACCCACAAAGCCAGUGUUCUAUUGAGUGGUAAAAUUAAGGUAGAAAAUGGUCAGAUUUAUCAAAGUCCAGUUACCUGGCUCAAGGAUCUUCUAGGAGGCGACAGUUAUGUGACCUGGAAUUAUGCUUGGAGUAAGGUAACAUAUCUGGGGAAGGAGCUUUUACAGUAUGUUUCUGAGGAAGUGCCCAUACCCGCAGAACCAAACUCGGUACCUCAGCAACAGCAACCUUGUCUUCCAGACAUGCCUUGUUUGGAUGACCCAGUACAGGAGCCAAGCAAAUAGGUCUUGGAAAGAAUGAAAUUUGGACAAGGAACUUCCAGAGAGUCAAUGCAGAGCAUCCCACAUUAUCUACAAAUAAAUGAAAUACUAUUAAUCAGCGAUCAAGAAUUUCUCCCAUGCCAUAUAAUGGAUCAACAUUGGAAGUUCUAUGUGGAAUGUGAGGAGCUAACAUUCUAAAGUCUUGUUUUCUUAGUAGCUUAUUAGGUUUUUGUUCAGAUUAUUAACCAACAUUCAUAUUUUAUCUUGUGUG